AUGUCUUCCACAAUCAACACAAGCACUGGCAACCAGCCCGUCGACCCCUACAAGGCCAAGUGCUUCGAGGACCCCCCUCUCCAGCAAAAAGUCGAGGACAUGGUCAACUUCAUCACCGAGACCAAAUUUGGCAUGUUGACGACGCAGCUGUCCGACUCGAACCUCUUGACUUCGCGGUGCAUGGCGCUAGCAGGACAGGAGCACGGCGGCAUCGACCUCAUCAUGCACACGAAUCUCUUCUCAAGCAAGACGAUGGAUCUCACCGUCCACCCGUCGGAAGUCAACAUGUCCUUCCUGGAUCCCGCGAAUGGCUCCUGGGCUUCGAUCUCGGGCACCGCGUCUCUGGUCGCGGACCAGGAGACCGUGAAGAAGUACUACUCGCCUGCAUUGAAGGCUUGGUUAGGUGAUCUGGGCGACGGUGUGCAUGACGGUGGCCCGGAAGACCCGCGAAUCGGCGUGAUCAAGCUCGAGGCCAAGAUGGCGACGUAUGCCCUUACGCGCAAGGGGAUGAUUGGCAGAGCCGUGGAAACGGUCAAAAGUGUCACCAAGGGUGAUGUUCCUGCCAUCAACAGUCUCAGACAAUUGACUGAGCAGGAACUGGCUGAGUUGGCGUCUGAGAUCAUUUCCGGCGGCAUCGGGGCCGAGCUGAAGGACCGUCGUCGUCAGGAGCUGAUCGAUAGGCUUGAUCGAGCUCGAAGUGGCGCCCUUGGCCGGGAUCCCGGCAAUGCAGACUGUGCGCAAGAGGUUUGGGCCGCCCUGUGGCUCUGUCCCGUCGACAAGCUCGAAGAAUAUGUGACGCUGAUCGAGAUCAGCCCGGGUAGCCUAGCUGCGACUUCGCUGUAUACAACGGUUGUCUCCACAGACAUCAUCAAGCCAUGGUUGACCACCCGUACCGAAAGAUCCGUUGCAUCAUCUGUUCCCGGAACCUCUGUGGGUGCUGCGUCCCCUGCGAGCCCAUCAACCCCGACCACCGCCUCCCCGACGACGCCGAACCCGAGGAAAAAGCGACGUUUAGAUCUGUCUCUCGACACGACUGUCUCUCGAAAGGGAUGGCAGGCGAUGCAUCAUAACGAAGAAGGGGAGUCGCUCUCCAUGUUCUGGCCACCCAGUAUAAUUGAGGAAUGGAAAGCCGAUGUUUUCGGGGGCUCAAACACUGAGCUGUGCGCGAACCGGAUCUCUGUCAGCCCAGAAGCGCAUGUAUACUGGGGCAAAGGUUACUUCGCGUUGAAACCGGUUUCUAUGAGCGAGGAUCAGAAAUCUCUUGAGCUCGAGUUCUACUGGCUGCGUCCAGUGCCGCGUUCUUCCACUAUGCUUCUAAGCAAUAAACCAUCUCUUGAAGGGUCUCUAGAUUGCAGCGCUGAAGCUUCUUAUCUCUUCGACGUCGAAACAAACUCCAGGAUUCGGUCCGGCCACAAGCUUCGGCUUGAGACGGACGACCCAGUGAAUCGGCCCCUCCCAAGUGUCAAGUUACUGAAACUCCAAUGGGCGCUACAAAGGCUGGCAUCGCUCAGCGGUGCUGCAGAAGCCAUUGAUGUGUUGUUAGACAGCGAUGAUGAAGAAAAUGACGACAUGGUCAGACUGUACGAUUCCCCAGAAGAUUUCUGCAAGGUCGAUGACGUGUUUGAUGACAAUGUGUUGUAA